AGAGAGAGAGAGAGAGAGAGAGAGAGGAGAGAGGAGAGGGUGAGGGAGUGUGCACACAUGUGGAGCAGGGAGGGUGUCUGUGGUGGGCUGUAGUCAUACUACGUGGUUACAACCACGCGCCCCUCAGGAGCUUAAGGUAGAGCUGAGCGUCCCAGACGCCUCGGUGCCACCCACCGGGUGAGACCAUCCGGAUCAGCCCAGUACGCCCUCCGGGCGAACGGUCCCCGCGAUGGCCCACGGUCCUCCGUCGCCUGGUUGAACCCCCUGCCUCCCGGUUGACCCCCACUCCUCGUAGUCCAUCAUGAAAUAAACUCAAAGACCCACCACGCCUCCAGCCUCCACCUCCACCCGCGAGCCGCCACCGCUGCCGCCCGCGCACACAUACUCACACAAACCCAAUGGUCCUCUGCGAGCGGUCCUUCGUUGCACAGUGGCGCACGUUUUCUUUCGGGUCUCGGUGGGGCAGCCAUGGCCAGCGAGGCCCAGAAGGCUGCCUGGCGAAAAUACGAGCAGGAGAAGCGUCUGCCGCGCAAAGACAAUCGCGAUCGCGGCAAACGCGACCGCACUCGCGAUCAGCAGGCCCGGCGUUCGCACAAAAAGGCGGCUGCCAUCCUAGCCGCCAUCGCACAAGAGGGGCCACUGAUUUCCAUGGCCCGCAGCGAGGCCCAGAAGGCUGCCGAGCGCAACUACGAGAAGAAGCGUGGACCACGCAAACGCAUAGACAAGCGUAAGCGUGGCAAACGCGACCGCACAAGCGAGCAGCGGGACCGGCGCGCGCGCAAAAAGGCGGCCGCCAUCGCCGAGCGGGCACAAGAGGCAGCGGAAGAUGCUGCGACCGCGGCCGCCGCCGUCGACAAUGAGGCGGCGCCGGCCUCCGACUCGGCGGCCCCCGCGCUCGACGUCCAGGACGCGGCGCUCGAGAUGUAGUUAGAGCCCGUAUUACGGCUUUAU